UGUCUGCUUCCGCUCCGAGUCUCCAGCUACCUUCUAGAACUAAUGGAGAAUGUUCUUCGCUGUUUAUGCUGUUCAAUUGCUCAGAUUCACCAAAACCCCUCAUCUAAAGCUAUCAAUAAGGAAUUAUACCAUAACAGCAGCAUUUCCCAACCUAAAGCCUCUCAACUCGAGGAUCACAAGCUGCAUGAGAAAUGGUUUAGUUGGAGAAGCCCAGAAGCUGUUCGAUGAAAUGCCUCGAAGAAACACCGUGACAUGGAAUGCCAUGAUUCGCGGGUACUUCCAAAACGGGAUGUACCAUCAAGCGUUACAUCUAUAUAACCAAAUGCCAAGCCGGGAUAUCUAUUCGUAUAACACGGUGGUUGCCGGGUUAAUGCAAUGUGGUGAUGUGAUUGCUGCAGAGGCAGUUUUCGGUACUCUACCGUUUACUGAUGUCGUCACUUGGAAUUCCAUGAUUUCAGGAUAUGUUCACAAUGGGUUGGUGGAUGAAGCCAUUCAGAUGUUUGACAGGAUGCCUUUGAAAAGUGUGGUUUCUUGGAACUUAGUGAUUGGUGGUUUAUUGAGUCGUGGAGAAUUGUAUUUGGCCGAAGAGUUGUUUGAAGAAAUGGAUACUCCUGAUGUUGUAUCUUGGACUAUUAUGAUAUCUGGGUUUCUGAGUGCAGGGAAGGUUGUUGAGGCUCGGGAAUUUUUUGAUAGCAUGCCUGUGAGGGAUGUCCAAGCUUGGAAUACAAUGAUAGCUGGUUAUAUUGAUGAGGGGUAUCUUGAAAUUGCGGAAGCCUUAUUUCACAAAAUGCCUGAGCGGAACGGGAAUUCUUGGAGUGGAAUAAUAACUGGAUUGGUGAAUGGUCAGCGGAUUCGUGAUGCUACGAGCCUUUUUAAUGAAAUGCCACAGAAAUGCCAGAAGUUGUGGAAUUCAAUCUUGAUGGGAUUAACAAGGAAUGGACUUGUGAAAGAAGCUCACGCAGUUCUUGAGAAAAAACCAUUUGGUGAUGUUGUGUCCAGGACAAUUAUGAUCAUUGGAUAUUUUGAUAUUGGUGAGGCUCAGAAUGCAGUUCAGCUCUUUGAAUUGAUGCCUACUCAAGAUACAACAGCCUGGAAUGCUGUAGUGUCUGGAUUAGGACAAAAUGAUCACGGUGAGGAUGGCUUGAAAUUGUUCGUGAGAAUGAAAGAGCUAGGUUUUCCUCCUGAUGAAGCUACAUUUACUAGUGUACUCACAAUAUGUUCAAGCUUGCCAACUUUGAAUCUUGGCAAACAGACUCAUGCACUAGUUAUUAAGAUGGGUUUUGAUUGUCUUAAUGCAGUUUGUAAUGCAAUGGUUACUAUGUACUCCAGAUGUGGGAACAUGCAUUGUGCAUUGCUGGAGUUCUCUUAUAUGCUCAAUCCUGAUGUCAUUUCCUGGAACUCUAUUAUCUGUGGAUUAGCUCACCAUGGAUAUGCAGAGGAAGCACUUCACAUGUUCAAUGAAAUGAGAUUGACAGAUACUAAACCCAACUUAAUAACCUUUACAGGAGUUCUUUCUGCUUGCAGCCAUGCUGGAUUAGUAGAGCGAGGUAGGUACUACUUUGACUUCAUGAAAUAUAAGUGUUUUCUUCAGCCAAUGACUGAGCAUUAUACUUGCAUUGUUGAUCUUCUGGGUAGAUUUGGACAUAUAGAUGAAGCAGUGAACUUUUUGGAUCAAAUGAGACAGGAUGGAAUUGAAGUCUCUGCAAGUGUUUGGGGGGCCUUGCUUGGUGCAUGUAGAAUUCACAAGAAUAUUGAGGUAGGUAUAACAGCAGGGGAGAGGGUUCUGGAGUUAGAGCCUCAUAAUUCUGGUGUCUACAUGAUUUUGGUGGAAAUGUAUCUAGAUGCUGGGAGGAAAAGUGAGGCUGAGAACACAAGGGCUCGAAUGAAAGAGAUGGGAGUGAAAAAGCAGCCCGGUUGUAGUUGGAUUGAAGUGAACAACUGUGGGCAUGCAUUUCUUGCAGGGAAUAGUUCACACCCUGAGUUUUAUAGCAUCUGUUGCAUUUUAAACUUGCUGCUGAUCGAGAUGGAGAAUGAGGAUUGAUAACAAAUAGUAGGCAUGUCAAGACUCAAGAUGUACUUGCCAUGCCAUUAUAAUUGUUCCUCUUUAUUUGUCUGGGCUUCGCCUGAGUGCCCCUCUUUCUUUUUUUGUUUUGGGGCUACGUCUACCCACAAGAGCACAGGCCUUGAGCUUGGCAGGAUCAGAACCUUAAAUAUUCGAUUUUAUCUUUUGUAACUGACUUACCAUUACCAGAGCCACAUAUUACUCCGUACUCACUGGAGGUUUAAUUGCCAUCCUAAAGAAGAGCUGACUGCAUUAGCUGAGUGUGGAUGAAAUCUAUUUACCGGAGAAGCUAUAGACAAAGCUCUGCCUGUGGAAGUUGGAGUUGCCCAUUAGACAGCUUUAUCAAAGGCUAGACAGCUUGCAGAAAGCAGCAUAUAUAUGCCAGGGAGAUAGAGUCAUAUUCUCAAGUGACAGCAAAGUUGAUCCCUCAAGGAGGCAACCGAAGUUUCUUGUUCAGAGCCUCAGUGGAGGAUUGAAGUUCCCGCUGCAGAGGUGCAGAAGGUCGACAGUUAGAAUGAUAGGGUGUUAGCCUUCUCAGUUGCUUGUAGUUUUCAUCUCUGAAAGCACCAAAAAAGCUGAAGAUGAGCUCUACAAUUUGCAGGGCUAAGUUGAAGAAGCAGGGAUAAGGUGCAGACUGCAGAGCAAGCAAAAUGGAUGAAGCUCAUUGAAAGACUAAAAGCAAUGAGAAUGCUACAUAAAUCUGUAUCUAUCAAUGGCAAGCAUAGAUAGAUAGCAGACCGAUGGAAAUUUGAGCAUACUGUCUUUGAGUGGUACUUGUAGUAAUUGCUGAAUCUUGUUGGAAUGGCAAAUGAUAACUUGGUGUGUCAAAUGAUAAAUAAAAUUUAAGUAGUUGGAUGUGUUAA